AUGGCUAAGGCAUCAACAAUCCCGAAUACGGCCGCUGGUCCUGAAACUGAGCAACAAUCGCCGCUCCUCAACCUCCCUCCGGAACUGCGCAACGUCGUCUACGAGUACGUUUUCCAUGGUAAUGGUCCAGCCAACUUCGACGCAGCGACAGUGGUAGCGCACAAGCAGCUCUUGAAUACUUGGACGGAGAUCCGGAACGAAGCAUCUACCAUCCUCUAUGGCAAGCACAGCUUCACCAUCGACGCAGACCAGCCCAUGCAAGCCCUGAGAACUUUCUGCCAGCUCAACUAUCUUGGUCCUCUCUCGAACCAUGAGUGUCUCAUCGUCCGGUUCGAGAUCGAUCUGACUGGUUUGGAAGGUCUUACUGCCAGACAGGUUGCCGCCGCCCUGUAUCACAGGUGCAGAGCUCUUUUCAAAGGAAUUUCUGAUUUAGCGUUGCUGUUAUGCGGCCAAAGAGUGCGUGCAGAAGCUGUGGCCUCGGAGCAGGUGCUCACCGGUCCAUCUGCACCUGGCGCCAAAAGACUUCUCAAUCGUAUUGUGAAUGGGUUUUACAGGAGGUUGCGCAGCUAUCAAGUUGGAAGGCGUAAGCAGGGGAGUGUGAUUCGACAAAGCCAAGCCCUCCCCACGCAUGUGCAACCAUUAGAGAAGCAAAAGGCUCUGUUGUUUGAGAGACGCAAGCGGCAGGAAGCAGGUCAUGUCGUGUGCCAUUGA